AUGUCAUCCAAGAUCAUGAAAGCUGCUAAGUGCCCCACCGAUGAAUUGUCGCUCAAGAAUAGAGCCAUCGUUAGCGCAGGCGACUUUCCUCCGGAUAUCAAGUACAUCGACGUAUCGACUGCGCCAGGUCAGCAUUUCAUUUUUUUCAUUGAACGCACGGCUGCGGGCGAAAUAAAUCCUGGAACCAUAGGAUUUUCACUACUUCAGCGAAAAUGGGCAACACUUUCGAUUAACCAAGACAUUAGCGUUAAACCAUAUCAUUUUGAACGAUCCUCCGAAGUGCUUUGCAGCAUUGCUUUGGAAGUGGAUUUUCUACAGAAAAAAACUGUAACGCACGAACCGUACGAUAGUGACCAAAUGGCAAGAGACUUUUUAUUACAAUUCGCGGGCUUAGCAGUGACCGUUGGGCAGCCAUUGGUUUUUAAUUUUCAAGAUAAAAAGCUGCUCUGCUUGGCGGUAAAAACUCUUGAAGUCAUUGAUGCCGCAGCCAUGGCUAGUGGUGUAUCAACUUCAAGCAAUGGGUCUAAUGGUGGUUCUGUAGAACCGAAACGAGUCAAUUUUGGCCGAUUGUUAGCCAAUACGGUUGUAACGUUUGAAAAAGCGGAAGGUUCUGUAUUAAAUCUUGUUGGACGUUCUAAGGGCCGUGUUACAGCUGUUCGACAGUCCAUUAUUAAUCCUGACUGGGAUUUCGGAAGAAUGGGUAUUGGUGGCUUGGACCGUGAAUUCAAUGCUAUCUUUCGGCGUGCAUUUGCAUCUCGCGUUUUUCCACCAGAAGUUGUAGAGCAACUUGGAUGUAAACAUGUAAAAGGUAUUCUACUUUAUGGACCUCCUGGUACCGGUAAAACUCUUAUGGCUCGACAGAUUGGCACAAUGCUGAACGCACGAGAACCCAAGAUAGUAAAUGGUCCACAGAUUUUAGACAAAUAUGUUGGUGAAUCAGAAGCGAAUGUGCGUCGACUAUUUGCGGAUGCAGAAGAAGAAGAAAAAAGGCUCGGACCAGCAAGCGGUUUACACAUUAUCAUUUUUGAUGAGAUUGAUGCAAUUUGCAAAGCUCGUGGUACUGUUGGAGGAAAUUCCGGUGUACAUGAUACUGUUGUCAAUCAACUGUUGGCAAAAAUUGACGGAGUUGAACAGUUAAAUAACAUUCUUGUCAUCGGCAUGACUAACCGAAGGGAUAUGAUUGAUGAAGCUCUACUUCGACCUGGUCGAUUGGAGGUGCAGAUGGAAAUCAGCCUUCCUAAUGAAGAAGGCCGUGUACAGAUUUUGUCAAUCCAUACUCGACGCAUGAAAGAAUUCAAGAAACUGGCCCCAGAUGUCGAUUUACGGGAGCUCGGAGUAAAGACUAAAAAUUUUAGUGGGGCCGAAUUAGAAGGCUUGGUUCGUGCUGCGCAAUCCACUGCAAUGAACCGUUUAAUAAAAGCUGCUUCGAAAGUAGAAGUAGAUCCUGCAGCUAUGGAAAAACUAAUGGUGACAAGAGAAGAUUUUCUGCAUGCGUUCGAAAAUGACAUCAAACCGGCUUUUGGUACGGCAGCAGAAGCUCUCGAAAAUUAUUUAACAAGGGGAAUUAUCAAUUGGGGAUUACCGGUUGCUCAUGUUCUUGAAGAUGUUGCUCUCUACACGGAACAGGCGCGAGGUGCAGAAGGUUCCGGAUUGGUUUCGGUACUUUUGGAAGGUCCUCCAAAUGCCGGGAAAACUGCUCUUGCGGCGAAACUGGCUAAAUUAUCCGACUUCCCAUUCGUUAAAGUUUGCAGCCCUGAUGAAAUGGUUGGUUUUACAGAGAGUGCCAAAUGUUUGCAAAUACGCAAGUAUUUUGACGACGCCUAUCGCUCUACCUUUAGCUGCAUUCUCGUUGAUAACAUCGAGAGAUUACUGGAUUAUGGACCGAUUGGUCCUCGGUACUCUAAUCUUACGCUGCAGGCUCUUUUGGUAUUACUGAAAAAACCUCCACCAAAAGGCAAAAAGCUUCUUAUCCUUUGCACCACCAGUAGACGACAAGUAUUAGAAGACAUGGAGAUGUUGUCAGCGUUUACUGCUGUUCUGCAUGUACCGAACCUAUCAACUGCAGAUCAUUUGAUUGCUGUCCUCGAGCAGGAGCCUGAUGUGUUUGGGCGCAAUGAAUUGGCUGCUAUUUACAAACGCUUAAAAGGACGACGUAUUUUUGUUGGCAUUAAAAAGUUAUUAGAUUUAAUUGAUUUGGCGCGGCAAAUGGAUCCUCAAACACGUAUGAUGAAAUUUUUAUCAAAACUUGAAGAGGAGGGAGCUAUAGAAGAUGCUACUGUGGCACAUUGA